AUUCCCUGCGUUUCUCUGUCAUGCGCAACGGUGGCACUGCCAUGUUGGAUCGAAAGCUCGGUGCACAGGAGUUCAGAUGAAAGUUUAGAGUCUCGAGACGACAUCGGAUAACCAAACGAGCAUCGUGUUUUAUUUCAGAGACGCAGGACCUCUCUCAACCCAUUCCCGGCCGAAACACACAGGUCUGGAUAUGAAAGGCUCCGGAUACAAGCAGCGGUGAUCAGAGAUCAAUGAACGCGUAUUUUCUGUUUAACACUUCCUGAUCACAAGUUCACACCAUCGGAUUGUCAAAAAUGAGUGGUCCGCCUUCAACCAGGAGGCCUGCGAGUAAUAGCGGCUCCAUUCUUCUCACCCAGCAAGAAAACGAAGUGCUCUUCCACCAUCUGGGCAGGAAAUGCACCAGUUUGUGUUCAGCAGUGGUGCAGGUCUUUGGAGCCGAGAGAAACUCAUCCUGGGUGAAGAAGUGCUGUGGAGUGGCCUGUCUGGUGAAAGACAGCCAACAGAGAUCGUACUUUAUCAGGGUGUUUGAUAUGAAAGAGGGAAAAAUCUUGUUUGAUCAAGAGUGCUACAACAACUUUUCAAUAAGCAGCUCCAGGCCUUACUUUAUCACAUUUGCUGGAGACGCGUGCCAGAUCGGACUCAAUUUUGCCAGUGAGGAGGAAGCCAAGCGCUUCAGGUCUGCAGCCAAUGAUCUUCUGGGUAGAAGAGGGAGGAAAACCGAAAAAAGACGUGACCCACCUAAUGGACCAUCAGGACUUUCAGGACCAACACUUCCAAUGGCAACAGUGGACAUAAAGAACCCCGAGAUCAACAAUCAGCGUUAUCAAAAUAACACUCAGAUGAACAACAUCAACCUCCACGGCAACUUCAACAGGAAAGACAAAGCCAAAGGGAAAGGCAAAAACAAGAAGAAAAUAUCCAAAGCUGAAAUCGGCACACCGAGCAAUUUUCGGCACAUUGGGCAUGUAGGAUGGGAUCCCAACACAGGCUUUGAUUUGAAUAACCUGGACCCAGACCUAAAGAACCUGUUUGACAUGUGUGGCAUUUCUGAGGCCGAGCUCAAAGACAAAGAGACGUCGAAGGUCAUCUACGACUUCAUUGAGAAGAAGGGAGGAGUAGAGGCUGUGAAAGAUGAACUUCGACGACAAGCACCUCCACCUCCGCCAUCCAGAGGAGGACCGCCACCUCCUCCACCUCCUCACAACUCCGGCCCUCCUCCCCCACCCCCUUCCAGAGGCCGAGGAGCACCACCUCCACCUCCGCCCUCCAGAGCGCCCACUGCCGCCCCACCCCCACCUCCACCCUCCCGACCAGGUAUGGGCGCACCACCUCCUCCUCCCCCCAGCAGAGGGCCCGGGUCAGCACCUCCCCCACCUCCACCACCCCAGCCUGCCUCCCUGUCUCCACCGGCGCCUCCACCUCCGCCUCCAUCAAUGGGUGGGGCUCCACCCCCGCCACCACCACCACCUCCGGGACCCCCUCCUCCCGGGCCUCCACUAACAGAAGUGGGUUCAGGGGAGCUGUCUGGGGGUAAAUCUGCACUCCUGGACCAAAUUCGAGAAGGGGCACAGUUGAAGAAGGUGGAGCAAAACAACAAGCCGGCCGUGCCCAGUGGCGGCCGCGGCGCUCUCUUAGACCAAAUACGACAUGGCAUUCAGCUUAAAAAUGUACCGGACGCUACAGACUCUGCUCCGCCUACUCCUGCCCCCUCAGCUGGGAUUGUGGGAGCGCUGAUGGAGGUCAUGCAGAAGAGGAGCAAAGCAAUCCACUCUUCAGAUGAAGAUGAGGAUGAUGAUGACGAAGAAGAUUUUGAGGAUGACGAUGAGUGGGAUGACUGAUGACCAGGGCUGCCCAAAACAAUUAAGACACUACAUUGCUCUUGUCUUUCUAAAUCUUAUAAAAUGAUGUAAAUGGAUGACCAAUUUGCUGUACAAAUUUUUUGUUGUUGUUGCCUUUAUGCUUUUUUUUUUUUUUUUUUUUUUUUUUUAUUAAUCUGUGCAAUACCUCAUUUAAUCUGUAAAGGUUUGUCAUGUAUCUUAUUUUUCCCCUCUUGGAUUAACGUGCAAUUUUACAUCAAGUUUCUUGAUUCGUAGAGUUGAAUGUUUUUGGGUCUUUUAUUGUUUUUUUGUUUUUGUUUUUUUUUUCUUCAUCAUUAAUUGAAUUGAGGUCGAACAAGAGGAGCGAGACUUUAAUGUUGAUAUUGUGAAGCAAGAACACUAUUUUCAUACUUUUCUCUUACGUACCUUACCUUUUCUUAUUCGAAACGUAGUUUAGCACUAUUAUUUUCUUAACAAAAAAAAGCAUAUUUAGCCCCAUUUGCUAAUUUGUAAAUGUGCUCAGAGUUUGAGUCGGUUUAUAUUUUUGCACGAAUCACAAAAGAAGAACUGUGGGGAUACAGCGCAAUACGACGGUUAUGUUUACACAUCGUGUGCUAUAGCUACUAUGUCAGGACUUUCCUUAACAUUAGAUGUGAGAAACACUACAGUUAUUAAAACAUAUGCUAGUUUGCAUCUUACUGGCAUUACAACAAAUCUCACAGGCAUGUGGUUUGUUUUUUUCCUCUCGGUCAGAUACGGAUCAUGUUGGAAUUUAAUGUUCAUGUGUGCCAUUUAAAAAAAAAAAUCGAACACACUAAAUAACGCACUGUGAUGCUGUACUAAUUCAAAGAGAGGCUCUGACUCGCUUGACGGUCCGCAGAGGGUCGUAUCAUGUAGUUUCACUGUUUUUAACGGUGUUAUAGAGCAAUUAAAAUAUCAGUUUUUAUCCUUCGUUCAACCAGGGUUGCUUUGCAUUGAGACUUGAAACCUUUGAAAUGAGGUUGAAAAAGAAUUAUUAAAAUUGUACACUCAAAUAAAUGUUAAUAUUUACAGAA